CAUCGGCUUCGUCCAUCAACUUCAACCACCCAACCUUGUUAUGGUAACCUUUAUGGACAAUGUUCAGCUGUGCGCUCUCUAGCAACUUGAGUACAUGCUACCAUCAGGUGCAUUUGUUUUUUCUGUUUGUUCUUCUUCCUCGGCAAGUUUAAGGUUAAGCCAGCGACGGUCGAGCCAAAGCCCAUUUUCCAGCCAGCCCUAGUCAGAUAUUACAUCACUUGAUAGCACCAUGGAGCAGAAAUUCAACGAAGCUGCCGAAAAGGUGAAAACCUUCACGAAGCGACCAAGCGACUCCGAGCUGCUGGAACUGUACGCGCUCUUCAAGCAAGCCACCGUCGGAGACAACGAUACGGAAAAGCCCGGCAUGUUCGACCUAAAGGGAAAGGCAAAGUGGCAAGCCUGGGCCGACCGGAACGGCACCUCGAAGGAUGCGGCGAUGGAGGCGUACGUGAAGCUGGUCGACGAGCUGUCGGCGAAGUAUCUUUAAGUGUCAUGAAAUGCAAUCCUUAGCUGAUAUAAAGGACUUUUUUUUAAAGCUA